CCGCACUCACGAUCAACCAACACAAACAUCGAACUCAAGUGAUUUGUGAAGAGAGGGAGAGUGAAAGAGAGUGAGUGAAGACACCACCUCAACUUGUUGGAAAGGAACCUCCCGGCCGCGAGUACAUCCAGCCGGAGAACAUUCAGUUGCCGAAAGUCGAGCGGAAAACAAGUGCGCGAUCUUUACCCGAGUCCACGAGGAAUACAAUCAGUGAAGUCAUGUCUGCAAAAGUGCAAGCAAACGGUGAGGUUGUCGCGCCUACUGAGGGCCAGGCCAGCAGCCUGCUGCCACACCUGGAAUCGCUGGACCGGAUGCUCAAGCUGCCCGUCGUGGACGCCACCUGGCAGCAGACCCAGAACGUGUACGGCCGUGUGAAAGAUUACAACCCACUGCUGUCGUGGGCCCUCGGAACGGCCGAGGACGUGGUGCACCGUGCCGUGACCAUUUCCGCCCCGUUGGUGCAAAAGCUGGACCGACCGCUGCAGCUGGUCGACCAGACGCUGGUCAAGGGCAUCGACAAGCUCGAGGUGAACGCCCCGAUCAUCAAGGAGCAGCCCCAGGAGAUUUACAACCAGGCCAAGUCGCGCGUCCUGGAGACGGUCCGGCCGUACACGGAUAAGGUUUGCGAUCUGCGAUCGGCGUCCCAGCAGCGGGCGGCCUCCCUGAAGGAGCUGUCCUGGAAGAAGGCCAACGAGGUGCUGGCCACCCAGUACGGCAGCAUCGCCGUCAACGGAGUGGACACGACGGCCCAGCUGGCGGAACGACUGCUCGACUACUACUUCCCAAAGAGCGAGGGCGACGUUGAGGAAGACAAUGCUCCCAUCUCCGCCAAGGACGACCCCGUGCUGCACACCGUCCAAACCGUGGGCCGCCUGUCCAACAAGGUCGCGCGCCGCGUCUACCGAACCGUCUCCACCCAGGUCAAGUCCCUGCGCAAGGAGGACGUCAAGGACUACAUCGCCACCCUGAUUGCCGUGCUCCGACUGACCCAGUACCUCAACUUUAUCAACGACAAGCGACAGCAGCAGCAGGCCGUCGAGGGCAGCCCAAGUUCCAGCUCCUCCGAUGCCACCUCCUCCGCGUCGACCACCUCGGACGUGGUGGCCAACACCAACAGCACCAAAACCCUUCAGGACAAGGAAGCCAAGAAGGACCAGUAGUAGGUUGGAACUGAUUAACUGAUAGAUUUAUUAGUUAGGAACUGUUUACUUUUCGAAAUCGUUUAGGGAGCAACUUCCCCAAAAAUGCAGUUUGGUUUCAUUUUCUUUCCUAUAUUUUUUUUCUUGUGUGAAUGUGUGUGUGAUGCAUGCAUGUGUGAGUGAAAUUGCGAUAAAAUAUACUGUUAACUGUUACUGUAUGUGAGCGAGAAGAUUGUGCGGCCGCACAGUAGGCCUGGGAUUUUGGAAAUUUCCCCAUUUUUAUAAGUAAUAUAUAGAUAUUUAGAGAAGCUCUAUUGUUUACUCGUAACAUUAUAUAUUUUUUGUAGAUUCAAAAAUAAAAGCAAUUGUAUACAAUUUAAAAACCA